CCCUUUAAAAGCAUCCAGAGAAUACUUUGAGCCUGAGAAUGAGCCCAGCAGUAGAUGUUACUUUCACUUUCUAUGGCUGAAGCAUAUAUACACAGAACGGCUCUUAUUUCUUUAUUACAGCAGCAGCAGCAGCAGCAGCAGGAAGGCUACGGGAGACACAGCCAAGUUUCUGUAUCCAAACAUGAACGGAAUCCCUGAAAUGACAAGUCACAUUACGAGCUUCAGCCUUAAUGACUGUCCCACAGGCAAUCAGGGCUACGACCGGGUCCUCCUCCAGCUCUUUGGGUUUUUGGGACACGGCAAAUCGUCCUUCAUCAACACCUGCAAGUACGUCUUGGAAGAUGGCGAGUACCGGAACUAUACAGACUCCAAAAAAUCAGAAGGCGGCGACACUAAAACCAGAGUAACGUAUCCGCUGACCGACACCCUGACGCUGGUGGACAACCGCGGCUGCUCAAAAAUGAAUGAUUAUGAGACAGGAGAGGUUUAUGCCCAGCUGGCAAACCUGUUGCCCUUGGAUACAGGAGUGGAGUGGAGCAAAGGAUUUGAGCUCACACAGAGAAUUGUCAUGGCCGAGAACUCAGUAAAAGCCUCAGACGUCAUCUUCCCCAUCUUUGUGUACAGUGUGAAGACAGGACUGCAACCACCGGACGUGCCAGAGAUCAAAAAGCUGCUAGAAUUUGCUAGAGACGUUACAGAAAUAUUUCCCGUCGUCGUCCUCACCCACAAGACUCAAGGGAUUGUGACGGAUAUGGAGAGAACCUUUAGGAACAUGGGAGUGGAGAGGAUUUUUUCACUUGAAAAUUUCACCCCUGAAGACCACGUAAGGACACGAGGGAGGCACGAGGACAUCCUGCGGUUCUUCUGCGAAGUCAUUAAAGAUGUUCUGUUCCGCCUAGAGAGAAUGGGGGAUCCGGUCAGGAAAAGUAAGGAGCGAAAGGUAAAGGUGCUCCGCUUUGUAUCUGACAGAGAACUGAGAAUGAGAGAGGAGGAGAAGGAGAGAGAACAUAGAGAGAAAGAGGAGGCGAUUAGGAAAGAAAAUAGAGAGAGAGAGAGAGAGAGAGAGAGAGAGAGAGCGGAGGAGCGAAGAAGGAACGAACGCGGCUGGUUUGGUAGACUGUUUAAUUUGUGAAUGCUCGUAAAGGAGAAAUAUCAUAUAAAAAUUAUUAAUGUACCAGCGAAUUAUACUCUUCUAAAUAUAGAAGGAAUGUGCUAAAAAAAGUUGUAAUUUGAACUGAUUUAUUGAGAAAUACCCCCCAAACCCCACUAGUCCCGCCCAUCUGUUCCACUUCCUGCUGCCUCCUUCCCCAGGCUGUGCAGGGGGGGCCGGCAGCACUGUAGGAUAGGAACCAAUCAGCAGCUAGGCUGACCUGAUAGGGAACUGAAGCCUGUCCUUGCUUGUGU